CUUUCCAGCUACUUCUCUGCUUGGCCUUUGUUGCUUCCACUCGCCACUAUUCCGCCAAACUUUGCAUCCUCCCUACGAGACAAAAUUUCAGAUAAACCCCGUGGCUUGAGGCCUUGGAGAUGAAUCACCCUGUCUGAAUACCCAGUGAUCGAGAUCCAGCGUAUAUGAUAUUUCGGCCGUCAUGAGCGGGAGGAUCCUCUCCCACCGUCUUGUUCCGCUCCUGCGGACGGGUCAUCUGGCCCGCCAUGUUCACAACGCCGCUGCCCGCACGGGAGGCCUGCUUCGCUCCGAUGGCAGUGCCGCCCUGCGACGACGUCCCUGGCCUAUCGGCGCCAACGCCAUCCACAAUGUGCCUGCUGUGCGGGCCAUCUCCUUCCACCGGAUCCUGCCCAAGCUGGCCCUGAAGCUCGUGCGGCUGCCGGCCAUGUUCGGCGGGGCCAUGGUGGCCGGCUUCGCUUACAUCCAGUACCAAGCUGCGCAGGCCGGAAACUACGCUAUCGAUAUCUUUAAACGCGCGGGGGAAACGGCGGGCGGCGCGGCCUCGAGUUUAUUUCAGGAGAUUCAAAAUGUGGCGGAGCAGACUCAGCGCGGUUGGCAGAAGACGACGGAGGAUGUUGACCUGCCGGAGUGGCUGCAGAAGAUCCUGAGGUUGAAUGAGCCGCAGUCGGAUAACGGGGGCUCAGGGGGUGGUGGCGGUGGGAAGGGUCCCAAGGAGAGUCGGGUCGGCGCGGCUGCCGCUGGUGCGGCCACUGGUGGAGCUUUGGGAUACGACCAGUCCGACGAGGAGGAUCUUCGCGCCGGCCGGCAGAUCGCGGAGGACGACCAGAUGAUGCUGCUCACGCGGAAGAUGAUUGAGAUCAGAAACAUCUUGCAGAGCGUUGGCCAGUCGAAUACCUUGACCCUGCCGUCGAUCGUCGUCAUCGGCUCCCAGUCGUCCGGGAAGAGCUCCGUUCUGGAGGCUAUUGUCGGGCAUGAGUUCCUUCCGAAGGGCUCGAAUAUGGUCACCCGCCGGCCGAUCGAGCUCACCCUUGUCAACACUCCGAAUGCACAGGCUGAGUAUGGAGAAUUUCCCGCGCUGGGCCUUGGCAAGAUCACCGACUUCUCGCAAAUUCAGCGUACCUUGACCGAUUUGAACUUGGCGGUUCCGGAGAGGGACUGUGUCUCCGACGAUCCCAUCCAGCUCACGAUCUACUCGCCCCAUGUUCCUGACCUCUCUCUCAUCGAUCUUCCUGGCUACAUCCAGGUUGCUGGACGCGACCAGCCGCCGCAGUUGAAGCAGAGGAUCUCGGAUCUCUGUGAUAAGUACAUUCAACCACCAAAUGUCAUUCUGGCCAUCUCAGCAGCCGAUGUGGAUUUGGCCAACUCCACUGCUUUACGAGCCAGUCGCCGGGUAGAUCCUAGGGGUGAACGGACGAUUGGAGUCAUCACGAAGAUGGACCUCGUUGAUCCUGAUAGGGGCCACAGCAUCCUGUCCGACACCAAAUACCCUCUUCGCCUGGGCUACGUUGGCGUAGUUAGCCGCAUUCCUCAGACGACGGCUCUCUUCUCUAGGGGCAGUGGCAACAUCACCGGUGCCAUCUUAAAGAACGAGAACGCCUACUUUUCGCAACACCAAUCCGAAUUCGGGCCGCAAUCGGACGUGUCUGUUGGUGUGAACACAUUGCGCAACAAGCUGAUGCAUGUUCUCGAGCAGACGAUGGCAUCGAGCCUAGCAGGUACUAGGGAUGCUAUCAGUCAAGAGCUGGAGGAGGCCACCUACGAGUUCAAGGUGCAAUACAACGAUCGGCCUCUCAGUGCAGAAUCAUACUUGGCCGAGAGCCUUGACAGCUUCAAGCACUCAUUCAAAGCAUUUGCCGAGAGCUUUGGCCGGCCUCAAGUCCGCGAAAUGCUGAAACGCGAACUCGACCAGAGAGUGAUGGAUAUCCUGGCGCAGAGAUACUGGAACAAGCCGAUAGAAAACCUCAUCGCACCAAUGCCGGAGUUAGAUCCCCUGAGCGACCUCCCAAAGGCGGAUCCCGAGUCGCUAUAUUGGCAUCGCAAGCUUGACGCUUCGACUUCCUCGUUGACCAAGCUGGGGAUUGGCAGACUCGCUACGACAGUCGUUGCCAACGCAAUCCAAAAUCACGUUGACCGGCUAUUGGCCGACUCUACGUUUGCCGCUCAUCCUUACGCCCAGAAGCAGAUUGUUGAUGCCUGUAACAGCAUUCUGAACGACAGAUUCUUCAGUACUAGCGACCAAGUCGAGAACUGCAUCAAGCCCUACAAAUACGAAAUCGAGGUUGAGGAUCCUGAGUGGUCGAAGGGCCGGGAGAACGUCAGCAAGGUGCUCAAGGACGAACUCAAGGCCUGCGAGUCUGCAUUCAAGCAUGUCGAAGACUCCGUCGGAAGACGGAAGCUCAAGGAUGUAAUGUCAUUUGUCGACAAGGUCCGGAAGGGCGAAGUGGUUUUGGAGGGUGAUGGCGCUGGCGGUGCUGGUGGAUUUAGUGCCGACCUACUUGCCAGAGGCCGAGAAAGUGCCUUCCUCCGCGACCGUGCCGACAUCAUCAAGAUGCGACUCCUCGCCGUCCGCUCCAAGCAAUGUGCCUCGCAGAAGAACAAAUACUACUGCCCGGAGGUCUUCCUCGACGUGGUCGCCGACAAGCUCACGUCGACGGCGGUGCUGUUCCUCAACGUGGAGCUCCUUUCGGAGUUUUACUACAACUUCCCGCGCGAGCUCGACAUGAGGCUCGGUCGCCACCUCUCGGACGCCGAGGUCGAACGCUUCGCCCGCGAGGACCCGCGAAUCCGCAGCCACCUCGACGUGAUCCGUCGGAAGGAGCUUCUCGAACUGGCCCUCCAGAAGAUCGAGAGCAUCCGCCAGCUCGACGGUCGCGGCAAGCGCGGGAACACGGACCGUCCGCUAGGCGCCCGGGAACCGCGGAGCCGGGGCUGGAAUCUCUUCUAAGUGUUGGUUGGCGAUGUUCUCCAAAUAGACUUGUCUUUCGUGAUAUCCGUGGGGGUCAUCUUCCCUCUCCAUAAUACCUGGGCGUUCUCGCACAUUCUCUACCCUUCUCCAUGUAUUUUCUUUUUAAGCCGUGUCUGGCUAACGGCAUGAAUCAGGUCCCCUGUAUAAACGUGUAGGCUUCAGUGAAACCAUCUUAAAGUCCGUGCAUUACUCUGAAUAAACAGAAGCUAGCAUGUUUACCUUGUCGGGGGGCCUCAAUCCAGUAGUUGCAGGGUAAACACACACCCCGCGGACCUCACAGCUAGAUCACACCCAGCUUUUCUUUUAUUCUCAUGCUGCCCGCU